CAGAGGAGCCAGGAAAAGGGCUGUAACCAGCAGUUUGGUUUCACUCCCUUGGCUUUGGUGCCUGUUUGCAUUACAGUCCCUGCUGGUGCCACUUCCUACACAGAGACUGUAGCUGUGAGCACUGUAGCCUACUAUUCAGCCCCAAGCCUAAGGAUGGAUGUUCCGGAGCACCCCAAGUUGCUGGAUGAAGAACUAUACUCCAGGCAGCUGGAUGUGUUGGGCAUACCUGCCAUGCAGAGGAUUCAGAAAGCCAAGGUCCUAUUGUCUGGCCUGCAGGGCUUAGGGGCUGAGGUGGCCAAGAACCUGGUCCUGAUGGGUGUGGGCAGCCUCACUCUACAUGAUCCCCAUCCCACCUGCUGGCCUGACCUGGCUGCCCAGAUUUUCCUGUCAGAGGAGGACUUGCAAAGGAGCAGGGCUGAAGCCUCUCACACACGCUUGGCUCAGCUCAAUGAAACUGUCCAGGUCUUCAUCCAUUCAGGUGACAUUACUGAGGACCUACUGCUGGACUUUCAGGUGGUGGUGCUGACUGCUUCGAAGCUGGAGGAGCAGCUGAAGGUGGGCACUCUGUGCCACACGCAUGGAAUUUGCUUUCUGGUGGCUGACACCCGGGGCCUUGUGGGGCAGUUGUUCUGUGACUUUGGAGAGGAUUUCAUGGUGCAAGACCCUACAGAGGCAGAACCCCUAACAGCUGCUAUCAAAGACAUCUCCCAGGGAUCCCCUGGCAUUAUCACCUUGAAAGGAGAGGUCAAUGGACAUUCCUUCCGUGAUGGGGACUUGGUGACUUUCUCAGGCAUCGAAGGGAUGGUUGAGCUCAACGGUUGUUCUCCCCAGCCUAUCCGUGUGCAGAAAGAUGGAUCCUUAGAAAUUGGGGACACAACAACUUUCUCCCAUUAUUUGCGUGGUGGGACUAUCACUGAAGUCAAGAGAUCCAAGACUGUGAAACAUGAAUCCCUGGACACAGCCCUGCUCCAGCCCCGUGUGGUGGCCCAGAGUACCCAAGAAGUCCACCGUGCUCACUGCCUGCAUCAGGCCUUCCGUGCACUGCAUGAGUUCCAGCACCUCUAUGGUCGGCUGCCCCAGCCCUGGGAUCCUGUUGAUGCAGAGACUGUGGUGGACUUGGCUCGGGCCCUGGAACCACUACAAGGGACAGAAGAACUGCUGGAUGAGGCUUUGCUGCGGACAAUUGCCCUGAGUAGUGCUGGUUGUUUGAGCCCCAUGGCAGCUUUUCUGGGAGCAGUGACUGCCCAGGAAGUCCUGAAAGCAAUCUCCAGGAAGUUCAUUCCCUUGGACCAGUGGCUGUACUUUGAUGCCCUUGAUUGUCUUCCAGAAGAUGAGAAGCUGCUUCCCAAUCCUGAGGACUGUGCACCGAGAGGCUGCCGCUAUGACGGGCAAAUUGCAGUGUUUGGGACUGGUCUUCAGGACAAACUGAGUCACCAGCACUACCUCUUGGUGGGUGCUGGUGCCAUUGGCUGUGAGAUGCUCAAAGGCUUUGCCCUAGUGGGCCUGGGAGCAGGCGGCGGCGGAGGCGUGGUUGUUGCUGACAUGGACCACAUAGAGCGCUCCAACCUCAGUCGUCAAUUCCUCUUCAGGCCCCAGGAUAUUGGUAGGUCCAAGGCAAAGGUUGCUGCAGCAGCUGCCCAGGGUCUGAAUCCAGACUUACGAGUGACUCCACUCACCUACCCACUGGAUCCAACCACAGAGAACUUCUAUGGGGACAACUUCUUCUCCCAUGUGGAUGGCGUGGUUGCUGCCCUUGACAGUUUCCAGGCCCGACAUUAUGUAGCUGCUCGAUGUACUCACUAUCUGAAACCACUGCUAGAGGCAGGCACCCAGGGCACCCAUGGCAGUGCUUCUGUGUUCAUACCACAUGUGACUAAGACCUACAGUGGCCCUGCCUCAGCUGGAACUUCUGAGGAUACCAUCCACCCUGUGUGUACCAUGCGCUACUUCCCCAGCACAUUUGAGCACACCCUGCAGUGGGCUCGGGAUGAAUUUGAGAGACUCUUCCAACUAUCUGCAGAGACCAUCAACCACUACCAACAGACAUGUACUUCCUUGGCAGACAUGGAUGGGCCACAGAUACUGACUUUGCUGCAGCAGGUGCUUGGUGUCCUGCGAGUGCGCCCACAGACCUGGAAAGAUUGUGUGGUGUGGGCCCUUGGCCACUGGCAGCUAUGCUUCCAUUAUGACAUCCUACAACAGCUGAGGCACUUUCCACCUGAUAAAGUGUUUGAGGAUGGCACUCCAUUCUGGUCAGGACCUAAACAGUGUCCUCAGCCUCUGGAAUUUGACAUUAACCAAGACACACACCUCUGCUAUGUGCUGGCAGCUGCCAACCUGUAUGCCCAGAUGCAUGGGCUCCCUGGUUCAUCAGACCAGACUGCACUCAGGGAGCUGCUGAAGUUGCUGCCACAGCCUGACCCCCAGCACCUGAACCCCAUCUUCACGAGUAACCUAGAGCUGGCUUCGGCUCCUGCUGAGUUUGGCCCUGAGCAGUUGAAGGAACUACAGAAGGCACUGGAAGUCUGGAGCAAGGGCUCGCCCCUGAAGCCUCUGCUAUUUGAGAAGGAUGAUGACAGCAACUUCCAUGUGGACUUUGUGACAAUGGCAGCUAGCCUGAGAUCUCAGAACUAUGGGAUCCUACCUGCCAACCGUGCCCAGAGCAAACGAAUUGUGGGUCGGAUUAUCCCAGCCAUUGCUACCACUACAGCAGCUGUGGCAGGCCUCCUGGUCCUGGAACUGUACAAGGUGGUGGGCGGGACACAGCCCCUUGGUGCCUAUCGUCACAGUUAUCUAAAUCUGGCUGAAAACCGUUUUGACCGCUGGGUACCUUCUGCCCCAACGAUCCAGACGUUCCAGCACCUGAAGUGGACCUCUUGGGACCGCCUGAAGGUGCCUGCUGUGCAGCCUGAGAGGACUCUGGAGUCAUUGCUGGCCUAUAUCCAGGAACAACAUGGGCUGAGGGUGAGGAUGCUGCUGCAUGGUACUGCCCAGCUCUAUUCGGCAGAAUGGCCACCUGAAAAGCAGAUCCAGUUCCUGCCCCUCAGGGUGACAGAACUGGUUCAGCGGGUGCCUGAGUCUGGUCUGCUGGUCCUGGAACUGAGCUGUGAGGGUGAGGAGGAUGAAACUGCUUUCCCACCUCUGCACUAUGAGCUGUGACAAGGCAGCCACCACCCCACCACCUGGCUCUAUUGAGCCCUGCAUCUGAGUCCACAGCAGAUACUCAAUAAAUGCUUGUUGAAAGAAGACAU